AUGCGCCUGUUGCGACUACACCAUGGCCUGGCUGCCGGAAAGUCUCACUUGAAGCUUGGAUGCAUUUCUCGACGCUGCUUUUCCAGCACGCAUGCGCAUCAUGACCUGACACCCUUCUCGCGCCGACUAUUCAAAUUACCCUCCGCACCAUCUCCGCCUUCACAACAUCACCAUGACCUGACCACCUUUCUCUCCUACGCCGAACACAUAUCCCUCCCAGAGAAAAGCACAGUAUACGUCGGCACACACUAUGAAUACACAGUCCUGCAAACUCUCCGCCAAUACGCCCUAGCACUCCACCGCAUCGGCGGCCGCGACGACGCAGGCAUCGACCUAGUAGGAACCUGGCACCUCCCGGAACGCGAACAAUCGCGCGCAAUCCGCGUCCUAGUGCAAUGUAAAGCUCUCAAAGCAAAACUAGGCCCGAAUCUCGUGCGCGAACUCGAAGGGACGUUCCGCCAGGCACCUGUCGGCUGGCGCACGGGCCAAACAGUCGGCAUGCUGGUCGGACCGCGCGAGGCAACCAAAGGAGUCCGCGAUGCACUUGCGCGGAGCACUUACCCCCUAUUCUGGAUGAUGAUUGAGCGGGACGGGACUUUGAAGCAGGCGCUUUGGAACGCUCGUGCCGAUGAACUUGGGCUUGGGCCUCUAGGUGUGGAAACGCGAUAUGGGGCUGAGGGCGAGUCGGGUUCGGUUACUAAGGAGGUUGCUUUGACCUGGGAUGGAUGUGAUAUCCCUAAUAUGGGUUGCGUGGAGCUUGAUCUGGCUCGGUUUGAGGAGCAAUGGGUUGCAUCUUGGGGUGCGAACUUGCCGGAAAUUGAGAAGGGUGAGCUGCUGGAUAUUGCUGAGAGGGUGCUAUCGCAUGGUGAGUCUGGAUUUUUAUCGGAUGGGACAAUAUCGGAUGCAGACCGGACGAAAGUGCUUCAGGCUCUACAAGAGCGACAAGCUGGUCUAUCGAUACCAGCGUGA